GUGUGAGGAGGGAGGGAGGGAGGAAGAGGAGAAGUAGGAGGAGGAGGAGGAGAAGGGAGACUUUUAUCCACUUUUAUACCUGAUAUCAAAGUCGCCGCAGUGGGUACCAAAUGACGCCCCGAAGUCUUUACGCUAAGCCCCUCGUUUCGCUCAUCCCCUCUCCCACGCCUCGCCAGCGAGCCCGUCCCCGACCGAGCGGCUCCUCGACGAGGAUGUGACCUUCCCGAGCUCCCGAAAAGCACGAAAGCCAUCCAUCGGCGAGCCUCCACUUGAUGGUGGCCUAGCGCGGCGGCGAGCUAAAGCUAAGCCGAGCGCUGAACUCCUACUGGCUACCAGCCUCGCAGCCAGACGAAAGCUGCUGGAGAAAGCGGGACAAGCUGAUUGGGCUAACUUGCAGAAAACGAGUGGAGGCAAAUCUGUGGAGGAGAUGUGGGAUGGGGAAGAAGGUGUGAAGGAGGAGGAUGAGAGGCCACUAACAACAGGACCCUCCAAAGUUCCGCCCACGGAAAUGACUGACCACAGGGACGUGCAGGUUGUGUCAGUCGACGUGAUGGACGGGGCAAAUGAUGAGGAAGAAGAGGAAGAAGAUGCUAAUGAUUUGCAGGCUCUGCAUGAAGCACAGCAGCAAAUAGCCCAGCGGCAGCCCAACUUCCCCCUCAGAGGUAUCGGAAAAAGCCAGUCGCAGUUUUCCCCGCCUCACGGGCAAGAUCAGGAGGUCGACACUGAUCCCGACUUCGACCCUUUGCUUGAAGGGGAUCCGCACGGAGAUUCAUUUCCCUGUCAACACUGUGAACGGCACUUCUCCACCAGGCAGGGUCUGGAGCGCCACAUACACAUUCACGCCGUCACCAGCCAGCAAGCACAACUGUUCAAGUGCAGAUACUGUAGCAAGUCCUUUGGCUCACAGGUAGGUCGGCGGCGCCACGAGAGGAGGCACGAGAGCGGCUUCAAGAAGAAGCCCGGCUCUUUGGCCGGAACUGCUCAUCUGCUCGGCCCUUUGGCGCAGACGGACCUUUCCAUUCCCAACUGCACCAGCCCUGCAAACCACUACACCGCCAUUGGAUUACAGCUCACUGGAGGACCUGCAUACCAAUCUGAAACGCAGAGGAAGGAGUUGGGGCCUCAUUCUGACCCUCCCUUUAUUUUAGAAGAAAAUGGAGCGUCCAAAGAGCUCCAUCCUUGCAAAUACUGUAACAAAGCGUUCGGCACACACACUAACAUGCGGCGGCACCAGCGCAGAAUACACGAACGACACUUGUUACCGAAAGGCGUUCGUCGGAAAGGCAUGCUGCUGCAGGAGGCGUCAGCACAGCCGCGACCCGACGCGUUGCCCAAUGCCAGCCCUGCCCUUGUGUACAUGCCCAGUGCUGACACGGAAGACGAGGCGGAUCGGGACGAUUACGCUGUGGACAUAUCCAAAAACAUCUCAGAGAAUUUAAGUUUUUAUAUCGACGGCAAGAUAGUGUCCACCAAUACGGUGAGCAGCUGUGAGGUCAUCGAGGUGGACACUCGAUCGGCUGCCCUGUUCGGUCUGGAGACAGUCCUCAUCAGUCCCAAUCAGCUCAGUCAGGCACUGAAGGUGGAGGCUCGAGCCAGUACUGCCAAGCAAGUGUCCAACUUGUGUCAGCCGUCAACCAAAAGAAGAACUUCGACACCCCCUCUUGUUCCCAGCCUCAAAGUAGAGAUGGAAACGGCUCCAUUCACAGCGUCUUCGUCAUCCACAGCAUCGUCUUCGCCUAGCUCGCUGGUGGGCGGCCUUCUCCAGCAAGCGGCGGAUUCAUCCGGAUCCCAACGUGAGAAAACCGUUUAUCUGUCACCUAAGCUCAAGCAGCUCCUCCAGACACAAGACGUUCAGAAGUCCAUCACGCUCAUAUCGGAAAGCCAUAGGCUGGCGUCCCCGCUUUCUGUCACGCCGCUGCAAGGUCCUUCGGGCCGGUUUAAAAGGCGAACGGCCUCACCCCCGUCCUCACCGCAGCUCAGUCCGCCUUUUAAAACAGAGGGCUGCAAGGCUGAGGCGGUGAGCUCGUACGCCAUCAAGGUGCCAAAGCUAGAGAACCUCAUUGUCUCCCCUCGCAGAAACUCACUGGACAAGGAUGACACUAUAACCCUGAGCCCUUGUGGAAGUAACCUUGGCCAAACCUCCUCUGGCAGUGGAGGCAACGCUUGCAAUCAGCAACCCUUGGACCUGUCAAACACUGUCAAUAGAAGAAGCGACAACUCCAACAAGGUUCUUGCCGAUUCUGCACUUGAUUUGAGCUUGCAUCGGAAAAGUGGGGCAGAUCCUGACUUAAAGGGAAGUGCAGCACCACAACUGCAAGUAAAAAAGAGGAAGCCAAACACCAGCAUGCUUGAAAAGGUGCUGAUGAACGAGUACAUAGGUUUGCCCUUGCCGACAGAGGAGGGACCCUCGCCGCUCUCCAACCUCAGUUUUCAACCCCAGUCUCCCAGUGUUGAGUCUGCCCACCCCUCUCCUCCAGCCUUAACCCCUGUCACUAUGAACCCCUCCUCACCCGGCACCUCGAGCGUGACAUCUACAACACCGCCUCCCCCCGUACUACCCACCAUGCCUUCGCCGCCAGCCAUAGCGAACUCUCCUCUCUCUCAACCCUCAGACUCUUCGGCACAGCGGCCUCUUCCUGUCCUAUCACCAAAGAUGUCGCCGAGGUCGCCGUCGGAAGAGGCGGAGAGUUUGUACGCUGGUGAUGACAAAGACGAGGAAGAGCAGCAUCAAUCUGAGACACUGGACUCCCCGAACACUCCACUCCAAGAUCCCCUUGAUCAUCCUGCACCUCUUGAACCUUCUUCAGUCGGCCUGUCUGCUACAGAAGACGUUUCUCUGACUGAGGCAAGCAGCAGCCAGCUGAAUGAUGAAACUAACCAAGACCUCAACUCAGGAACUCCAAAGUCUGAAAACUCCGACUUGGCUGCUCUGUCACCCCGGCCAGAGUCUUUGCCGACAUCUUCGCCUCCGCCUACGUCACAUGACCCAGCCCCAUUGCUGCUUCUACAAAGCCUUCCUCAUGCAAAGAUAAAAGAGGAGCCCAAGCAUUGCACAGAUGAACUCUCUGUCAUGAACCAUGUGCCUCAAGAUGAUGCUGACCCUUCUCCUCAGCCUCUCGAAAAGAAACCCAAUAAUCCCCCCGCGGCCGGAAAGAUUGACUCAGUUUACUGCAAGACUUUUGUUUGCAACGUCUGCAAGAGCCCAUAUAGCUCCAUGAAGGAGCUCAGCGGGCAUAUUGCCGAGCACGCGUCAGCUUGGCCCUUCAAGUGCGAGUUCUGCCUGCAGCUGUUUGGCGAUGCAGAAGCCCUGCUCACCCACCGGACCACGCUACAUGGGGUGGGCACCAUCUUCGUGUGCUCAGUUUGUUCCAAGGAGUUUGCCUUUCUCUGCAAUUUGCAACAGCACCAAAAAGAUCUGCAUCCAAAUGAUGCCUGUACACAUACCUCUGUGGAGAGUGGUAAACUCAGGCCACAAAACUACACAGACCCAUCCAGAGCCAAAGAAGAAAUCUCCGCCUCCACACCAGCACAACAGACUUCUGAAGAAGCGCCAGAACAAAAUGAAGCAAAGCCCGUGAAGGAAGAGCCUGAUGUUAAUGGAAAUCACACAGACGACGGCACAGAGGACCCCAAUGAGGAGCUCUACACUACAAUAAAGAUCAUGGCGUCUGAGGGCGGAAAGCCCAAAGGCCCCGACGUCCGCCUCGGUCAGAAUCAGCAUUACCCCAGUUACAAACCGCCCCCAUUUCCGUAUCACAACCGUUCCCACGCCGGCUCCAUGGCCUCCGCAACCAACUUCACCACACACAACAUACCGCAAACGUUCACCACCGCCAUCCGCUGCACCAAGUGUGGCAACAGCUUUGACAACAUGCCUGAGCUGCACCAGCACAUUUUGGCCUGCGCCAAUGCCAGUGACAAGAAGCGCUAUACUCCCAAAAAGAACCCCAUCCCCCUCAAGCAAAUAGUGAAGUCUCCCAACGGAGUCACGUCACCCUUAGCAGGCCAGAGUGCCUUCCGACGAAUGGGCCAGCCUAAGAGACUUAAUUUUAAUCAGGAUGUGGGCAAAACAAAAAUGAGUGCCCUCAGUAAGAAGAAAAACCAACUGGUCCAGAAGGCUAUUUCACAAAAGAAUAAGGCCGCCACCUCAGCAAAAAAGGCCGCCGUUAAAGUUGAAGAGGAGCAAACUAAUGUCUGCCCCCACUGCAGCCGGGAAUUUACUUAUCAGGCCAGUCUCAGCAAGCACAUGGCCGUCAGCUGCCCCAUGAAGCCCGCCAUGAAAAAGGGCAAUAAAAAACUUGAGGACAGGAAAAAAGAGGCAGUGUCUGGCGUGGAUAAAAAUAUAAAACAGACAGACAGUGAAAUAGCACAGACGGAGACGGAACUCAAAACCUUUGGAAAGACGAGAGCUCGUAGCUCGGGUGCAGCUGAGCUUCCUGAACCCCCACAGGCGGGUAAAGGCAAAAGUGUGCAAAAGAGGCCUACUUCAUUCCCAGCAGCGACCCCUGCCACCGGCAAAAAAUCCAAGAAGGGCCCAGCUCAGCCAUCACCCACCGACCUAUCCAACGACACUGCAGCACAAAAGCCGCCUGGUAAGAUGCAGCGUUUGAGCAAAGAGGUUCCCAAGAGGUUAGCGGAGCCCAAGUCACCGCCUCUGCAUCCCAAGAAAGAAGAGCGCUUCUCCCUCCGAAUGAGGGAGAGGCUCGGCGGUCCAGUCACCAGGAGCUCGCAGAUGUCAGCCCCCGCAGUGGAGGCCAAAUCCGAGGACGCACCGACGUCUGAGUUUAAAGACGCUCCGGAGGUGCUAAUGAAGUAAGCCCUGUUCACCUCAUCGGAUUCCUGGGACAUGGGCUCUCGUUGUCUUACACUUGAGGGCAACUCGACUGCCUUGAUGGACUGUUUCCUUUUUCUUCCACUUGUCAUACAAACUAAACUGAGCCUCUGUUUUGUUUUUAGCCAGACUUGCAAAAAAAAAAAAAAAAAUGACACACUAAAUGACAGUGAGGUUUUUUAUAUAUAUAUA